CCCCUGUGACGUUGACAAUUUAAUGAGUCAACAUUUUCUCAUAAACAAACACAAAAGAGGAUGUUUUUAUCAAUAAACCCCGUUUAAAACUGCAAAUAAUAAGCCCUUUAACGAUCCCUUAUAUAAUACCCUUCUAAUCCUUCACACAAAUGACUCUAGAAGACCCGUUUUUUGUCGUCAAAGAUGAAGUAUUCAGAGCCUUAAAGAAGACCCGAGGCCUUUUUAGGCGCUGGUCAGACUUCCAAAGUGAAUCUGAACUAAUUACCAAAGAUGAAAUCGAGUGGACCAACACAGAACUAAAAAACUCCCUGCGUAGCAUCGAAUGGGACCUGGAAGACUUAGAGGACACCAUUGACAUAGUCGAAAAGAACCCUAGCAAGUUUAAAAUUGAUAACAAAGAGCUUACUAAGAGGAAACACUUUAUCGACUGCACAAAGAAUGAAAUUCGCUCGAUGAAAGAGAAAAUUAACAUGCACAAAGGCAAUAGGGAUAAAGACAGACAAGUCAGGCAGCCCCUGUUGCUAGAGAACAACAGCCCCGUGAGAAUGACAAAUAUGCAUGGGGGUACUAAAUAUUCCAAGUUGGAAAAUGAAAUUGAGAGUCCGCAGCAUCAGUUUUUGCAAAGACAGCAGAUGUAUGAGGUGCAGAACCAGGAUGAGCAGCUGGAGGCGAUCGCAGGGACUUUGGGGAACCUCAAGACUGUUUCCAGGCAUAUUGGGAUCGAAUUGGACGAGCAGCAGGGAAUGCUGGAUGAGUUUGGAACCGAAUUAGAAAACACCGAAUCGAAACUGGACACCACCAUGAAGAAAAUGGCAAAAGUGUUGAGAAUAUCUAAUGAAAAGCGCCAGUGGACCGCUAUAAUAGUGUUAGUUCUAGUACUUAUCGUUGUGAUAAUUUUAUUUUUUAUACUGUGAUUUUAUUUAAUUUAUAAAUAUUGAAAAGCGUAGUUCAUUGUAAGUACAAAACGUUAAUUGGGUCCGAUGUCGUUCGUUGGACCCGAUUAUUAAAUUGUCGAGUGCCAUAAACAAAUUAUAGUAGAAAUAAACCCGGUAAAAUAGUUUAAAUAAAAUGAUAAUAAUAACUACCUGAUACAAUUUAAAUUUUAUAAUAGAUUUAUGGCUUUUUUUGCUUAUUAUGUUCGUACUCAACCCAAUUGUUGUGUUUUUUAUUUAUAUUUAUUAGGAAGUCAAGUAAUAUAUUGGAAUAUACAUUA